AUGCCUGAACAAACUCAAAUUCCUCAUGUACUUUGGGCUCAACAACGUGAAACUGUUCUUUUAACAAUUGCUGUGCCUGAUAUUGAAAAAGUUGAUGUUAAAUUUGAAGAAAAUUCAGUUAGUUUUCAUGGUCAAACAACAUCAGCUAAUGGUAAAGAUAAAAAUGUCUAUGCUAUUAAAAUUGAUUUAUAUGAAAAAAUUGAUUCUGAUGCUUGUAAAUAUGAAAAUAUUGGUCAAAAAUAUUGGCGUUUAUUAUUGCAGAAAAAAGAUGCAAAUGCUGCAUUUUGGCCACGAUUAACAAAAGAUAAAGCACGUUUACAUUGGUUACAAACUGAUUUUAAUCAUUGGAAAGAUGAAGAUGAAAGUGAUGAUGAAAAACCGGGACUUGGAGGAAAUUUUCAAGAUAUGUUCUCUGGAGGCAUGGGUGGAAUGGGUGGAAUGGGUGGAAUGGGCGGAAUGGGUGGAAUGGGUGGAAUGGGCGGAAUGGGUGGAAUGGGUGGAAUGGGCGGAAUGGGUGGCAUGGGUGGUAUGGAUGAUAUGCCAGAUAUGGGUGAUGAUUCUGAUGAUGAAGAAGGUGCUUCAGAUGAUCAGGAAGCAUCACCAAUAGCCACUGCAAGUAGUACAAAUGCUGAAAAUAAUCAAGAAUCAAAAACACCUAAUAAAGAACAAGAUGGUGAUGAAAAUUCAGCUGCGAAAACAAAAACACCUGUUCAAGAAUCGGUCACGAAUGAAUAA